AUGUCGGACGCGGCCGCCCUCCUUCCAUUACUCCGCCAAGUCACGGCUCUACAGGACAUGACGCUCAUAUUCGCGGGCAUGUGCUGGCACGAGUUCAUUUCGAACAUAGAGUACGACUGGAAGCUGUUGAGGCGACAGGAGAUACGGCGCCCGAUGGUGGCGCAUAUCGCACAAUGGACUUACAUGUUGUGUCGAGUGAUCAUGGUGGUCUACGGCUGCUGCAUAUUCACCGCUGCCUUCCCUAUUCCAGGUGGACCAGAUUGCCACGUGUUGCUAAAGAUUCUCAUCACGACGAAUGUCCUCGGUAUCAUGUGUUCUUCAACCUUGCUUUCUAUACGAGUCGGGGCGAUCUGGAAGUGGAGCAAGCGGAUCGUUGCACUUCUGGUGAUGCUUUGGUGCAUAAUCCUAGCAUUUGCCAUAUAUUUUGUCGUCAAGGUCCAGUCCACGUAUGAAGCGGUACUGCGCAACUGCUCGUUAGAUGGGGUACAUAACGACUUGUACCCGUCCAUCGCGAUGCUCAUCUGCGACUGCACACUACUCACGCUUCUACUGGUGGGGCUGCAGAUCAACUGGCGCAAUGCUCGUCAGUUCGAGAUGUGGAACGCGCUCUGGCAACAAGGUCUGGCGUACCUUUUCCUUGCUACACUUAUCGAAGUGCCUGUCGUGACCCUGCUGUCCUUGGAUAUCAAUCCUAUCAUGAACUCGAUGUUCGUCUCUCCCGAAGCUAUCAUCUUGCCUAUAGGAGCAACGCGAAUGUUUCGCUCCCUAAACGCCGCCGUGCAUGGCAGCCGUUCUAAACGCAUAGACACUUUCACCACCGGAGCGACACAGGAUAUGACUCUCGUCCCGAGGGAAGUCGAGUUGCAAGCAUUGCGGAGGAGAUGA